AUGCCGCCUCAUCUUCACCGCGAGCACUGCGUGGUAUUGGUCGAUGCUUUCUUCCAGAGUAUUCGGGACGGCAAGAGUAAGAACGACAAGGUCACGCCAACCGACCUACGAGAAGUGGCUCGUAAGCAGCUUCGGGAAACCAGAGAUUUGGUGAUGAUGUUCUGUAAGGCGCGAACGGAGGUGCCAGAUGUCGAAAGCACAGAUGAUGCGUUGAAGGAGGAGUUCAAAAAUGUGGCAACACAGUACGGGGCUGACAACAAGCCACACUGGAUCAGGAAGGACUAUGAGGUGAUCUGGAUGAAAGACGACCCGCUGCGAAAAGGAAACGCUCAUGUGUCUACACAGGAGCCAGAGCCUAAUCUUGACGAUGUACCACUCCUAAGCGACCUGUCUGAAGCCGAGCAAAAACGGCAUGACAUCAAUAAAGCCAUUAUAGAUACUGCCUCAGCCAUAGUCGAAGGGCCUAAUAAGCUGAGCUCUGUGUCCGACGAAGAGGACGACCCGACUCCCACAGAAGUGCUAAGGUUAUGA